UUUUACCGUCGCUUGACUGUAAUCACAAUCCUCUGGACCGAGCCGUCAUGGACUCAGAGUCGCUGAUACCUUUCUUGUCUCUCUCUGCAACCAACUCUUUCAAACAUCCAUCCAUGCCUUGUAGCUGAAAAAAUAUGUCUAAUCUUUAACUCACAGCUAUGUCAUUUACUGUCACUCACUCUCUAUCUCCUUUCUCUCCAAAAACACACCAAAACCCUCGCUCUUUCCCUUCUCAUCCAAAACUUAUUCUCCAUUUUCACUCUUCUAAAUCACCUAAUUCUCUUCUUCAAGCUUCAAGAAGAACCUCCAAUUUAGAUGGUCCUCGAAAUUGGAGCAGGUCGAUCAACUCUGAUUUCGCCGAUGAUCACGAGGACGGCGGUGAUGAUGAUGAAGCAGAGGAGGAGGAUAGGAGUUUGGAUCUGCUAGUUAGGUUUAUUUCAAAUGUGUUCAAGAAGGUAUCGAAACGUGCUAGAAAGGCCGUCCGAUCGGUUUUGCCUGUUCCUAUAUCUACUAAAUUGGUGGAGUUUUCGGUGAAUGGAGUUUUAUUGCUGGCGUUUUUGUGGGUUCUGAAAGCUUUCCUUGAGGUGGUUUGCACCCUUGGAAGCAUGGUGUUUGUAAGUAUCUUACUUAUACGAGGUAUAUGGUCUGGGGUAACCUAUUUGCAAGAAAGGCGUAAUCUUAGAAUAAAUGAACUUGAUGAUGACCAUCGUGCAUGGACUGGCACACAGCCAGCAGCUUAAUUUUUUGUUCUUAGAGUUGGAACUGCACUUGUAUUUUUCCCAUUCAUCAAGAAUAAAAGCAUCCUUGUAAUCGAACUUCCCAAAUCAAGGACGAUGAAAAGCUUUCAUCUGAAGGUUUCAGACAUCAAAAUAACCAUUGCUGCAGUGGAAAUAAUCUACUCUUGUGAGGACGGCCUCCUCCAUAUAGACCCAGAAUCCAGAUCAGUGUAUCCGUGUAGAUACUGGUAGAGCACUAGAAAACAACUAAAGAAAGAGAUUGAAUAUGAAUGUAAGGGGCAAUCACCCCUUUUAUAUGCUCACAUUGUAAACGCUAGCAUGUGCUGAUUAAUAUAAAUGAUAAAAUAUUUGAUUUA